CUCCCGCCCCGCCCAUUUCGCUGGGCCCUGGCGCGCGCUCGCUCGGCUUCUUGUCUCGCGCCGGCUCUGGCGAGCCUGGGGAAGGUCGUGGGUGAUUGCGGCGGGAAGGACGCAGAGGGCGCAGGACUCAGCAGUGCAGCUUUCUGAGGGGGUGACCUGGACCUCCAAGCAACAUGGUGGGCCUCUUGCGCACUGUUGUCACCAGCUGCUCCAGCCCUCUCUUCAGCAAUGUGAUGUGUCAUGAAGUGAAGACGGUCAGGACCACAUGCAUACGAACGUUCCGCACCUACCAGAUCCUCUGGUGCCAAGCUCCUGUCAAACCAGGUAUCCCAUAUAAGCAGGUGACAGUGGGCGUUCCCAAGGAGAUCUUCCAGAACGAGAAGAGAGUUGCCUUGUCACCUGCCGGAGUUCAGGCACUGGUUAAGCAAGGCUUUAACGUGGUGGUGGAAUCAAGUGCAGGCGAAGAGUCCAGAUUCUCUGAUGACCAUUACAGAGAUGCAGGGGCUCAGAUCCAAGGAACCAAGCAAGUGUUGGCUUCUGAUUUAGUUCUCAAAGUGAGGGCUCCCAUGUUUAAUGCUGCACUCGGCAUGCAUGAAGUGGACCUCUUCAAGCCAUCCUCCACCCUGAUCAGUUUCAUCUACCCAGCUCAAAACCCGGACCUUCUGAGCAAGCUGGCGGAAAGGAGGACGACGGUCUUGGCCAUGGAUCAGGUUCCGCGGGUGACCAUCGCUCAGGGAUAUGAUGCUCUCAGCUCCAUGGCCAACAUUGCUGGCUACAAGGCGGUUGUACUAGCAGCCAAUCAUUUUGGCCGUUUUUUCACAGGCCAGAUCACAGCAGCUGGCAAAGUCCCUCCAGCUAAGGUUCUGAUCAUUGGAGGUGGAGUGGCUGGGUUAGCAUCGGCAGGAGCAGCCAAGUCAAUGGGAGCUGUAGUUCGUGGAUUUGAUACCAGAGCUGCAGCAUUGGAGCAAUUCAAAUCACUCGGUGCCGAACCUUUGGAGGUGGACAUAAAAGAAUCUGGUGAAGGACAGGGAGGUUAUGCUAAAGAGAUGUCCAAAGAAUUCAUUGAUGCUGAAAUGAAACUCUUUGCCAAACAGUGCCAGGAGGUCGACAUUAUUAUCACAACGGCACUCAUACCUGGUAGAAAAGCGCCUAUCCUGUUUAAGAAAGAUAUGAUUGAGUUGAUGAAGGAAGGAUCAGUUGUUGUAGAUCUAGCUGCUGAAGCAGGGGGAAAUAUUGAAACCACCAAGCCAGGAGAGCUCUGUAUUCACAAGGGAAUUACCCACAUAGGCUAUACGGACCUCCCCAGUAGAAUGGCCACCCAAGCCAGCACACUCUAUUCCAACAACAUCACCAAGCUGCUGAAGGCCAUCAGUCCAGACAAAGAGAAGUUCUACUUUGACCUGAAGGAUGAAUUUGAUUACGGUACUUUGGACCACGUUGUUAGAGGCACAGUGGUAAUGAAGGAUGGAAAGGUGAUUUUCCCAGCACCACCUCCAAAGAAGAUGCCUGAGGCAGCGCCUGUGAAACGGAAGACAGUGGCAGAGCUGGAAGCAGAAAAAGCAGCUGCUGUUACACCUUUCCAGAAAACCUUGACUUCUGCAUCCAUGUACACUGCAGGUCUUGGCACUAUGCUUGGGUUGGGCAUUGCUGCUCCCAAUUACGCUUUCACUCAGAUUGUGACCACGUUUGGCUUGGCUGGGAUCGUCGGGUACCACACUGUGUGGGGCGUGACCCCUGCGCUCCACUCUCCUCUCAUGUCUGUGACCAAUGCCAUCUCAGGGUUGACUGCUGUUGGUGGAUUGGCACUGAUGGGGGGGAAAUACCUUCCUGAAAAUACGCCUCAAAGCCUUGCUACUCUUGCUGCAUUUGUGUCUUCCGUGAACAUUGCAGGUGGCUUCCUGGUCACACAGAGGAUGCUGGAUAUGUUCAAGCGUCCCACCGACCCUCCGGAGUACCAUUAUUUAUAUCUGUUGCCUGCUGGCGCAUUUGUAGGAGGGUAUGGAGCAGCUCUCCAAAGCGGGUAUAAUGUUGAACAGAUGAUGUACCUGGGUUCAGGUUUGUGCUGCGUCGGUGCCCUAGCUGGGCUGUCCACUCAAGGAACAGCUCGACUUGGCAAUGCAUUGGGCAUGAUAGGCGUGGCUGGAGGCUUGGCUGCUACCCUGGGAGGCCUGAAGCCGUCUCCUGAAUUGCUGGCUCAGAUGUCAGGCGCAAUGGCUGUCGGUGGCACUAUAGGCCUGACGAUCGCUAAACGUAUCCAGAUUUCAGACUUACCUCAAUUAGUGGCUGCUUUUCAUAGCUUGGUGGGCCUAGCUGCAGUCCUUACCUGCGUAGCGGAGUACAUGAUUGAAUACCCCCACUUUGCUACCAACGAAGCAGCAAACCUCACCAAGAUUGUUGCUUAUCUUGGCACGUAUAUUGGAGGUGUAACCUUCAGCGGUUCUCUUGUUGCUUAUGGAAAGCUACAGGGUAUCCUGAAUUCCGCCCCACUCCUCUUGCCGGGUCGGCACUUAAUGAAUGCUGGUUUGCUAGCAGCAAGCAUAGGUGGCAUAGUUCCCUACAUGAUGGAUCCGAGUUACACUACAGGGCUGACUUGUUUAGGGUCUGUGUCAGCUCUGUCUGCUGUCAUGGGUGUAACUCUGACAGCAGCCAUAGGAGGGGCAGACAUGCCAGUUGUCAUUACUGUACUGAACAGCUAUUCUGGAUGGGCACUGUGUGCCGAAGGAUUCCUGCUGAACAACAACUUGCUGACGAUUGUGGGUGCUCUGAUUGGUUCCUCUGGUGCUAUCCUCUCAUACAUCAUGUGUGUGGCUAUGAACCGUUCCCUUGCUAAUGUGAUUCUGGGUGGAUAUGGCACAACUUCAACGGCUGGCGGGAAGCCAAUGGAAAUCUCUGGCACGCACACGGAAGUGAAUGUGGACAGUGCAGUCGACAUGAUCAAGGAAGCCAAUAACAUCAUCAUCACCCCAGGUUAUGGUCUUUGUGCUGCAAAAGCACAGUAUCCAAUUGCUGACUUGGUUAAAAUGCUGACCGAAAAAGGCAAGCAUGUGAGAUUUGGCAUUCAUCCAGUAGCUGGUCGUAUGCCUGGGCAACUAAAUGUGCUCCUUGCCGAAGCUGGAGUUCCCUAUGACAUUGUCCUAGAAAUGGAUGAGAUCAACCAUGACUUUCCAGAAACAGACUUGGUCCUUGUUAUCGGAGCUAAUGACACGGUUAAUUCAGCUGCCCAGGAGGAUCCAAAUUCUAUCAUUGCAGGAAUGCCUGUUCUAGAAGUUUGGAAGGCAAAGCAGGUUAUUGUUAUGAAGAGAUCUCUGGGUGUUGGCUAUGCAGCGGUGGAUAAUCCCAUCUUUUACAAGCCCAAUACUGCCAUGCUUCUAGGAGAUGCUAAGAAGACCUGUGAUGCCCUGCAGGCCAAAGUGAGGGAGACCUUGCAGAACUGAAUGCCUUCAGUUUUAAAGAAAAGCCUGUCCUUUGGCCAGUACGAACAAAAACUCUCCAAGUGUUGUUAUACGUCAAGGUUUAUAAGAUAGUGAAAUGAAAGCUCAGAGAGAAACAAAGGUCCAGAAACAAAGUGAAAAAUGUACGUAAGAGUGUAAGAAAUUAAGCAACAAAAUGGAAGAUCACGCUCUUAAGAAGCCACCACCUGGAAUAAUUUUGUUUUUGAAUGCAGUGCAUUUCAGAGGAAUUUUUCCUUGGUAGCCGCAUGUGCAACACAAGGACACUCAGGAAUUUGGGUGGGGGAGGGGAAUCUGCCUGUUUAGCAUGAUGUGAAAUCUCAAAAAAGUUGCUGCCGUUUCAAAGCUAUUUGACUUCUCUUCUCUAUUGGUUUCAAGUAAACAUAGAAUCUAAUUAGGCUGAUUUUUCGAUUGUCAGAUCCUGGAUCCCUGGCUGGAUAUUUAAAUUUUGACUGUAAUCGUAACCUUUUAAAAACCUUUUUUUUUUGGGGGGGGGAGUGCUUUUGAAAUGAUUUUUUAUACAUUUCAUAAUCAGUGUGUUAAGAUGCUGGAAACGGGCACUUAGUUGUCAAACAUACUCCAGAUGCUGGAAAAAGGAAUGCAAUUUGAGAGUUAAUCCAAAAUACUUUUGCAGAUAAAUCAUGUGGACAACAUGGAAACCCAGUACACUUAAAGAAGAGAGAAAGAGAUUAAUUGAUUACUGGUCUUCCCUUUUAAUCUUUCAAAUAUAUAUAUUGGAAGUCAACAGUUCAGUGGUAAAUUAGUUUGUUUUACAGCUUCCAGGGCAGCCUUCAUCAUGUUUAGUACAAUCAAGUGGAAUUCAAAUGCUUGAUUAAUAAAAUGAACUUGUCAUGUUUUGCCUAAUCAUGUAGCAACCGUUUGGGGUGACGUGGGCACAAUAAAUAGCUGGGCUUGUGUUAGAAAGCUUUAACAUCUGGGAAAGACAGACUACUAUGACAUGAUUAAAACUAAGCCCAACGUUUUAAUCCCAACUUGACUGUUAAAUCCUGAUCUUUGUCAGGGACCGCCUAAUUUAAUAGCAGAUGAAAACUGUCCUUUUAGCUACCUCCUGUUUUCUGUAUGGCAUGGAUCCCAUACAUUCAAAAACCAGAAGUGGCAGUAGACUUAAUUCCAGCAAUAAACUUCCAAGUCCACUGAACCAAUGGGAAUAUGUGCUUUCUCAGUUCCUAUUCAUUUCACUGGGACUUGUGCAGAAGCUGCACCCUGAUGGAUUGUGCUCGGCAGCAUGUAUCCAACCAUCUGUGAACUUUGCGGGGCAGGACUUCCAAGCUUCCCCCUCUUCCUGCAGUUCACUGAGCCCUCUGAAAAUUUGCUGCAGGUGUGUGUGGGGGGAGGGCUAUCAGCAGACUCUUGGGAGCAGCACAGGGGCCAAAGUGCAGGAAUCAUACUCUUCUUCCACAAAUGGAAAUGCUUUUCCAUUGGAGGAACUGUGUGGUUGGAUACAUUCAUGCAUUUAGAAAUCUUGCUGCUCAGCAGGAAGCACCAACAGGCUGUUCUGCUGCAUAUGAAUAUUUGAGCCACAGUAUUCUAAUGUAAAGCUUUAGGCAGCUGUAUUUCAGUAGAACCUGCUUGGGACCUGAAUUUGGUUGUAUGAAUACCAUCCAUUUCUGUGCAACCGGACUCUUAAAUGUGGCUGAGAAGAGGAGCACCAGUUAAGUUAGUCCUGGAGCGCUGAAGGCUGCAGCGUCCAACUGGUUUUAAAAUGGCUGUCUUCCUUUUUAGUUUGGAGACAUCAAGUGGGUUGUAAGUGGACCAGAAGUACCAUUGUUAACUUUAGAAAUUGUGUUUAUAUUAUGAAACUGAGAGAAUUAUUUAAAAAAAAUAAAGCUAACAAAAUUCCAAGUCA